AUGGACAAGGGCAUAGCCACAUUUCCCACAUCAAUAGCUGUCUCCACGUGUCACUAUGAGUCAUGGAGAUACUGGACACAUAUUGCUAUAAUGGCAUCGAUGUAUCACAAAAAUGGGACACAUUUCUUCGUACUCUGUCGACACGGAGAAUACCUAGUCACCCUAAAUAAACUAAACAUAUACACUAAAGAAACUCCUAGCUGGCAACCCACCAACCCCCUGCCCCUUUCUCUGCCAACAGUGAUCAGUUGCAACGAAGUGAUAGAGGCUCGGCGCGGCGAGGGUGGCAAGUGGACGGGCUUAAACGGCACUGUUGUCAGCCCCAAUUUCCCCCAGCAAUACCCUGCAAGACUCCAGUGCCGCGUCGAUUUCAAAGCACCGCCAUCCUACCGUGUCCGGAUCCUCUUCACCGACUUCCUGCUGCAUCAUCCACUUAACGUGUCAAAUCGCAACUGCGACGUGGUAGACUCUCUCAGUCUGUUCGAAGGCACGCAGAAAGGCAGUCGUCUUGCCGUCUUCUGCGGGCCGGGCGUGCCAAGACCUGUCAUGUCUUCUGGAUCUUACUUGAGCCUCAAAUUCCGGAGUUACACCUCGGGCCCGGAUGUCAAGGGCUACAAGGCGCAUUUUCUCUUCGUUAAUGAUUUCGGGCUGGAAACAGGUCGCCAACUCGUACCUAAUCGCUGCGUUUUCGAAUUCAAUUCCACUGAGACGUCUUCUGGGGAAUUCUACACGCCUAACCCUGGAGGCAAAUACCCUCGCAACACAGAGUGCCAGUACGUGUUUGUGGCACUGCCCCACCAGAAAGUUAGACUUAGCUUCAAGUUUUUCGACGUGGAAGGCAUAGCGCCCUGUUCUGACAGGAGCGACAGCGAUUACUGCUUUAAAACAUCGGCUGGCCUUCCCCUCAAUUACUUCCCUACCCCUUCUUGCCUUCCUCCCUUCCCACAUUUCCUCCUUCACCCUCUCCCUCUCCUCUUCCCUUUCCUUCUCCUUCCUUCUCCUUCCUUCCCCCUGCAGGUGAUCGACUCCCCCGGACCCUACUUCUGCGUCACCUUCCGGAGCAACCACAAGUUCGACGGCCUUGGGUUCGCUGCCUCUUACACCUUCAAGCAGAAUGACGGGAAUUCAACGUGUGAACUGUCCCCGCGGGUGGCCAUGGCAGGUGUAUUCCGUCUUCACAGCAGAGGGACUGAAACUUCUCGCGUAAUAUCGACUUUCGUAGUUGUGUCAGAUUAG